GCCCCGCCCCAUCCGUGCCGCUGACAGCGCCCGCGCCCAAUCGGCACGCUCGGCCCUGAGCCCGGGCCAAUCGGAACUCUGGCUCCGCCCCAUCGCUGCGCUCUCCAAUCUGCGCAAGGCACCUCCCCUGCCACCCUGCGGUCAGUCACCAAUCGGCAGUGAGGGCCAGCACAGGAACGCCCCGCCCCUCUCGGCUAUUGAGACUUUGGAUUGGUCAAUUAAACUGUGACGUAGCGCUGCUUCCUCUCUGAUUGGCGUAUCCCUCGCGGGGCCCCUGACGCUCAUUGGAAGAGGAGGCUGCGAGGGGCGGGCCAGCACGAAUGGUGGAUCGCGCGCGCGAGGGUCUGGAGGAGGCGGCGCAGCCCAGCCCCUGCCCAGGACUCGUGGGGUGAGAGGUUCCCCAUGGAAACGCGUUCAAGGGAAAUUAAGGCGGAGGAUACAAAAGACACUUCACUUGAGGUUUCCGUUACCAGAUGGCGGCUCCGACAGGUGUUGCCGUAGCCUUGCCCUGUGGGGUCCCUGCCGAGUGCCGUCUCCAACCCCGGGGGCUGGCUGACCUGUCGCGAAGGGCCGCUAGGCGGUCUGAUGGACGCCAGCGCAUAGAAUCCGCGUCCCUGGGAAAUUGUUCGUCUUUGUGGUCAGCGCCCUGAAGACAUGGAUUUGGAUCAGUUGGACCUGAAUCCCAGAAUUAUCGCCGCAGCGAAGAAAGCCAAACUGAAAUCCACGCAGGAGGUUUUGCACUUUUCUGGACCAGACCUGCAGCGGCUGACCGGCCUCUCAGGUCCCGACGUGCAGCACCUGCUAAGGACGGUCUGCUCGCACCUGCGGGGGGGCAGCCUCUGCACAGCCCUGGACCUGCACCGGCAGAAGGGGCGCUUCCCCGAGCAGCACCAGCGCCUGAGCCUGGGCUGCCCGGUGCUGGAUGGGCUGCUCCGAGGCGGCCUGCCCCUGGGCGGCAUCACCGAGCUGGCCGGCCGCAGCUCGGUGGGGAAGACCCAGCUGGCGCUGCAGCUCUGCCUGGCCGUGCAGCUCCCGCGGCGGCUGGGAGGCCUGGAGGCGGGGGCCGUGUACGUGUGCACGGAGGACGCGUUCCCUGACAGGCGCCUGCAGCAGCUCAUCGCACAGCAGCAGCGUCUGCGGACAGAUGCUCCGGGCGACGUGGUGGAGAAGAUAAACUUUGGCGACCACAUCUUCAUCGAGCACGUGGCCGACGUGGACGCGCUGCUGGAGUGUGUGCGGAGGAAAGUGCCCCUGCUGCUGUCACGGGGGAUGGUGCGCCUGGUGGUCAUCGACUCGGUGGCGGCCCCGUUCCGCUGCGAGUUCGACGGGCCGGCCUCGGCGCGCAGGGCCCGGGCUCUGCAGGCGCUGGGGGCCGCGCUGCGCAGACUGAGCUGCACCUUCCGGAGCCCCGUGCUCUGUGUCAACCAGGUGACGGAGGCCGUGGAGGAACAGGACACAGCGCCUGGAGCCCCGGGGGAGCGCCUGGCUCCGGCCCUCGGCAUCACCUGGUCCAACCAGCUGCUCAUGAGGCUGGUGGCCGACCGGCAGCGCCCCGAGGAAGCCCCGCGGGGCCGCCCAGGCCGCACCCUGAGGGUGGUCUUCGCCCCCCACCUGCCUCCCUCCUCCUGCUCCUACACGGUCAGCACCGAGGGCGUGCGAGGGACGCUGGGACCCAGUCCUGCUGACCAGGAAAGCCGCCGCCCCGGCCUCCCAGGGGCACCGGCUCCGGGUCAGCCCUCCUGAGGUCAGCCCGGGCCCCUGGGCAGCGCCUUCCCCCCCAGGAGCACCACCCACUGCAGGGCCACGAGGAGCAGUGCCCGCCGCCACAGGCUGCCCCAUUCCCAAGCCGGGGUUUGAAGGGCCUUUUACUUUAGUGUUGUCUCUGCCACCAGCCCCUGCUGGGUCGGCCCAUCUGCCAGGAGAACCCGUUCUGGGCACAGGAGACUCCCUUAGAGGCAGGCCCUGCCCGUUCCGGGUGCAGGCGGGCCAGACAGGACCACAGAGGCCCAGCUUGUCGUCGUCGUCGUAGCCGGGGCCUUGCUUCCCAUGAAAGCGCCCCUCCCCCCCUCCCUGGGCACCCCCCAUGAGCACAGGUCCUGCCCCUCUGGGUGCAAGUCUGACCAGCUGGUGGUGGGACGCAGGGCCCAGGGGGCCGUGGCUGCCCAGUCCAAGGGCAUGGCCUCCAUCAGGGCAGAGCUGAGUGUGCCUCCACCUCGUCCGUUCCCUGCCCCAGCGCCUCAUGUGCUGCCGGCGUGUGAGUGGGCACAGCUGUGCCCUGGGCCUGUCCCUGUGACUCGCUCUUGGCCAGACAGGUUCUGAGUGAGUGACCCUCACUCCGGCUCCCCAGCCCCCCGCCCUGGAGGCGGCGCCUGUACCUCCUGAGAAAGGGGGGCACCGAACAGCCGGGGACCUGCCCCCCCCCCCCCCCAGCAUCCCGACCCCGGCCGCUGCCGGCUCUGGGGGGCGAGGGAGCGGCCACCCUGGGAUGGGACCGCACUGUUCGGGCACCUCUCUGUGGCAGGAUGACCCACUGUAAAUGUCAUCACGGUCCCUGCGUGUCCCGUGCCCCGUGAGGCGGGGGCGGGUGUGGAAGGGAAGGCGCCCGCAUGAGACCGUUCCACAGAGGUGCAGGGCCGCACAGCGGGAGCGGAGCUUUAUUUUUAUAAUGAAAUACAAACAAUUGCAAACGGUGUUCUAGUCAAGUCACAACAGGAACAGCUACGGCCCCAGAACGAAUGUCCCACGACCCAGCGCUCGACUCCGGGGUGACCUGCCCCCCCACCCCCUGGCCAGGGCUGCCCACCCAGCACAGACCUAAGGAGCGCCUGCCUGCCGCCUGGGCCCUGGCACCCCCACAUCCUCAGACCUGCACCCCACCCCGAGGUCAGCCCCGCGCUGGGGACCACAUUCUCCCUGGGGUGGGGCUCCCUUGGGACAGGGUGGUCUGCACGUGACCCGCUGCCAAGUGCGCAUGAGCGUGUCCCAAGGCAGCCCUCACCGUGCGGCCCAAGAACACGCUACACGGCGAGGCCAGUCCUGCCUGACGUGCGGGUCCUUAGUGUUCGCACUGAGUCCCAGACACAUGACAUCCCAGGGGCGUUUUAACUCCAGGACAGAACUGCCUGCACCCCUCCCCCUUGUGAAGGCCGCAGGGUCAGAGGGCCUGCUCCCCACGCCCUCCGCCUCUGGUUCAGGUGCUUGUGGGGUGGGGCCUCCGUGUGUGCCUGCAGGACCCGGGCAGGAACCGUGGGGAAUGGGCUGCCCCCCCCCCCCCCCCCCGGGAUCACACAGGGCCGCCUGGCGCACGGCUUGCUCCGAGAAGGGGAAGACGCGGACAGCAGGCCUGAAGGAGGUACCGACGUGCAUGGGCCCUGAGCGUGGAGCCGGCACGAGGGCCUCCGUCCGUCCUCUCACCCUAACCCUCCGCCACCUGCGAAGGCACCACAACCCAAGGGGGGCGGGCGGGGAGCGGCCAGGCUCAGGAAGGGUCCUGCAGAUGGGCCCCAGCGCGGGAGUCCCGGGCCGUUCUCCUGGGAGCUGCUCCGAGGGACCCGUCACCAGGGGCCCUGGGUCCCGGGGCCGUGCUGCUCGUGGGAGAAGCCAGCCACACGGAGCGGAGGAAAGGGGACGGCACCUGGCGAUGCUGCUACGCCUCGCAUGGAGCCGCGGCCGCAGGCCAGAGCCCUGCUCCUCCAGGUUUCUCGGCCCACGGCGUGUGCGUGCAGAAAGGGACCCGGCCCAUCAGAACCUGCACCCCGAAUGGAGCCUAAAAGCAGGUGGCCAAGGGCGGCGGCUGCCGGGGGCGGGCCGGGCCGGCCGUGGGUAGCGCAGGUGCCUGGAACUAGGAGGCCGGCCCGCAGGGAGCAAGGCGCACUGUCACCAACAGCCUGUAAUCACGGGGACUGAAAGGAAUUGACAGUCAGCCCCCCUGUGACCCCCGUGCCGCUGCCUCCAGUCCACAUCCCGCUCGGCUGACGACGCCAGAGCCAGCCCAGCGCUGUCCACAUGGAAAAGGCCGCGGGGAACCCCUGUGCCCGGCACUAACAUACAUGGUCCUCAAGCGGACGGAUGCCCGGUGGGUCAGGCCUGGCUGAAGGGAGCGCUGGCCCCGGCGUGGACGUGCACCCCGACGUUCUCACCUGGAACCCCUACCUGUCAUCUGGUUAGCACUUCCUUCACCUACUGGCUGACCUCAGAGCCCUGUGAGGAGCAGUGCCUGAGGGUUGAUCUGAAAAUGUUCU